UAUGUAUGUUAUCCUGUUUCCUAGCUGCUUCCAACACUUUUCCAGCAAACAAGUCAAACUUCAUCUUUAAAUUUGCUUCAUAUUAAUUAUAAGUGUGCAAUGCAAUGCAAUGAUUCCAUCUGUGUAUGUAUUGUCUGCAUGUAGCAGUUGACAUUCAAGUAGAGUAAUGGCACAAUCACCAAGUGUUUCUGGUUUUGAAGCUGCCCAGAAAGCAAUAAACAUACUUGGGUUGGGUUUUGAUUUAACACAAGAUAUCAACUUUGACAACUGUAAGACUGGUUCACGGUUGAUCCUCAUCGAUAAAGAACAGUGCCGUCGUUUGGAGAUUCCGGGAGGGGUUUCAAUUCCAGAUGUUUCAAAUUCUAUCAGAUGUGUUGGAGGAGAAUCUAUUAGAAUCAAUUCAGAUGUUCUCUCCCUGCAACAGAUGUUACAACAUUUCAACCAUGAAAUGCGCCUGGAUGGAAAAACUGCAUCCGGUCACUUUUGUGCUUCAUUUGGGUUGCAUUUUCACGGUACAAAAGAAUUGGAUUCAAUCAUCCAUCUUGCUUAUGAUGGUUGGUUCAUCAAACGCUAUGCUGUUGAAUUAGAAAAGUAUCAUGGUCAACUCCAUGAUCAUGUCAAAGAAGUUGUGCCAUCAUUAUGGGACGCUGGGGCCUUGACAAGGUUCAUUGAACGUUUCGGAACUCAUGUCAUAGUUGGGGUGAGCAUGGGAGGAAAGGAUGUGCUAUACGUUAGACAAGAUGAUACAUCAAAUCACCAUGAUCCAGCUAGUAUUCAAAAACUUUUGACAGAAACAGCUAACAUGAAGUUUAUGGAUUCUGCAAAUAAUCAUUGCUUGGCUUCUCAAAACUUGAGUAACAAAAAAAAGAAUAUUUUUGAGAUACACAUUAGGAGGGGUGGAAGCAGUCAAAAUAUGAACCAUAGUGAAUGGUUGGAUACUAUUGACUCAGAACCUGACAUCAUAUCAAUGCAUCUUCUCCCUCUGACAACCCUUUUGUCAGGUAUCCCGGGAUAUGGAUUUGCUGCCCGUGCAAUAAACCUCUAUCUUCAAUACAAACCUCCAAUUGAAGAUCUCCUUCAAUUUUUAGAGUUUCAACUACCAAGAGUAUGGGCCCCUAUACAUGGCAAGAUACAUCUUGAUUAUAACUGGAAGCAUCAAGUGAACCAGUCCUCGCUACGAUUUAGUAUCUUGGGUCCUAAGCUUUACAUAAAUACAAAUCUAGUAGAUGUAGGCAUUAGGCCAGUAACUGGCCUUAGAUUACAAUUGGAAGGGAAAAGAAGCAACCGGUUGGCCAUUAAUCUGCAGCAUCUGGUUUCUCUACCCAAGUCCUUACCACUAGCAGACAAUGCACCUGCUUAUUCGUCUUGUGACUCGUAUAGCUGCAAGUACCACAAGAAACUGAAAUGGAACUGCUUUUCAUAUGUUUGUACUGCUCCGAUUGAAUCAGAUGAUAGUCUUUCCAUUGUCACAGGAGCUCAGUUACAAGUUGAAAAGAAAUGUCUCCUUUUACGGCUGCACUUUUCCAAAGUUAUUGGUGCUACCCUUCAGAAGCCACCUGAGUGGGACCAACCCUCCAAUCUUGGCAAGUCCAAAGAGGGAUAUAUGGAUUAUCCAAUUCCUGGUGAGGAGACUGUUCAUCCUCUUUUAUAUUCUGGUGCCCUCUCUAGACCAGUGCGAACACCUAAGCUUCAAAGGUAUGUGGACAGAAUGGAAAGGAUCAGGGGACCAAAAAACACUCCAGGAUAUUGGGCUGUGUCCGGAGCAAAGCUUUAUGUACACAAUGGAAAAAUAUAUCUCCUUGUUAAGUAUUCACUAUUGAGCUUUGGUACAGUCUGAGAUCAAAACUACUUAACAGUGCUUUAGUGAUCGGUUGGCCUCCUUUCGAUGUUUGUUGUGUGGCUCACUGCCUGAAGAGUUUGCUGGAUUUGGUGAUGCUUUACGCCUGAAGCUGUAAUAGUUUUUAUUGACACCCUUUAACAUGUGUACGAUUGAAUGUUUGACAGCCGUGUGGUAAAAACUAAGGUCGCGCGUAUCCUUAUUGGUACCCAUAAAAUUCUGCAUAUAAUUACUCGUUGUACUCAUUAAGGAGAUAGUUACCCCACAGUGAUAGUAAAUUACUCGUUGUACUCAUUCAGGAGAUAGUUACCCCACAGUGAUAGUUUUACACUUUUACUA